AUGGGGACGGUAGCAACUGGGUCAAGAAUUGGGGUACUAGGUGGCCCCGGCAGUGGAAAGAGUACCCAGUGUGCCAAUAUCGCUAAACACUUUGGUUACACUCAUCUCAGUACUGGAGAUCUUCUUCGAGCAGAAGUUAAAUCAGGCUCUGAAAAUGCAACCAUGAUUCAGAACAUGAUGAAGGAGGGCGAGAUAGUGCCUUCAGAGGUAAUGAUAAAGGUCCUCCAAAAAGCAAUUCAGGAUAGUAAAAACGACAAAUUUGUGAUCGACGGCUUUCCUCGCAGUGAGGAAAACCGAGCUGCUUUUGAAGCUGUUACCAAAAUUGAGCCGGCAUUUGUCACGUUCUUUGAUUGUCCUGAACAGGAGAUGGAGAGGCGUAUUUUGAGCAGGAACCAGGGAAGAGAAGAUGAUAACAUUGAGACAAUAAGGAAGCGGUUUAAAGUUUUUCUAGAGUCUAGUCUUCCUGUGGUUGAGUACUAUGACUCCAAGGGGAAAGUUCGAAAGGUCGAUGCUGCAAAGCCUGUUGAAGAGGCAUUCCGCUAUAAUGAGAUGCAUAUUAUUGUGUUGCCUUACCUUUUCUCCAUGCUUUUUGUGAUAUGA